AUUGUAUUUAAGGGCAAGUGGACGAUGAGAAGCCAGACGGACGCCAUGUUUGAUACGGUCAAAGGACGCCGCCCUUAAGGGCAGACAGUGAGAAUUGAAGCCACGGUGUCGCCAUAUUUUCUGGAGGCACCUUCCGGGUCCCUUAACUCUGGUGUCUGUGUCCAAGCUGCCAUGAAGUGAAUAAAUACCGAGGAAGUCUAUUUGUCCCCGUCAGAAUCCCGAAUCCCAGCCCUGCUACUUCGGUUCCCUUGGCUGCGUACGGAAGCCGAGGCUGGGCGGGGCCUCGGGCUCGGGAGCCCUUCUUGUGGACGACGAGAGCUGAGGCCGGGCGCGGGGACCAGGCGGCCGCUGCUCGGGGCUGGGAGGCCCCAUGGCGCCGCCCCCGGCCCCGCUCCUGGUGCUGAGACCGGGGGAGACAGGGCCCGGUUGCAAGAAGCCCUUGGCCGUGAGGUUCGCGGACGUGGCCGUGUACUUCUCCCCGGAGGAGUGGGGGUGUCUGCUGCCCGCGCAGAGAGCCCUGUACCGGGACGUGAUGCGGGAGACCUACGGCCACCUGGGCGCGCUCGGAUUCCCAGGCCCCAAACCAGCCCUCAUCUCUUGGAUGGAACAGGAGAGUGAGGCUUGGAGCCCCGCCGCCCAGGAUCCUGAGGAGGGGGAAAGCCUGGGAGGAGCUCUGAGAGGAGCUACCCCCAACAAAAGGGAAGAGGAGCCUGAAGCAGGACUAGGAGCCAAAGCACCGAGAAAGGCUCCUGGGAAGGAGAGGCCUGAGGAGCUGGUUAAACACAACCCUGGCACGACCGUCAGCAAAACCUCGGCCAGAGCACAGCCACCCAAACAAGCUGCCUGGGACCAGGGUGCGGGUCCUCAGCCCCCGGCCCCCCUACCGAGUGCGGAUGCGCAGGCCAGCCAGCGGCGCCACGUGUGUGCAGACUGUGGCCGGCGCUUCACCUACCCCUCGCUGCUGGUCAGCCACCGGCGCAUGCACUCGGGUGAGCGGCCGUUCCCCUGCCCCGAGUGUGGCAUGCGCUUCAAGAGGAAGUUCGCCGUGGAAGCCCACCAGUGGAUCCACCGCUCCUGCUCUGGGGGGCGGCGGGGCCGGAGGCCCGGGAUCCGGGCUGUGCCUCGGGCCCCGGUCCGAGGUGACCGGGACCCUCCGGUGCUAUUCCGGCACUACCCAGACAUCUUCGAGGAGUGCGGGUUGUCCCUCUCCGCCGCGCGCCCGCGCAGCCGCCUCACCUUUCACCCGCCAGAUCUGAGCGCGGACGCCGAAGCAGCUGCGGCCAUCUUAACUAUGGGCAAGAGGCCCUUGCAAGGCCACCGGCAGAACACGGUGUCGGUGAAGAACGGCGGGAAGAAGCUCGGCGGGCGCGGGGACCCGGCGGGGAAGCCCGGCCGCCGAGCCUCCGAGGCCCGGCGCCGCGUUCUGGAGAACACCGCCCCCCCACCCCCCGCAACCCCGCCCGGGCCGGUGGCGGCGCCUUCCCGGGCGCCUGUAGCCGCCGCGGCCAUGUUGGCUGAGGGCUCGAAGACAAAGCCACCUGGAGACAGCCGGGUGGCGUCAUCCGGGCACGAUGGCGCGGGAGCGAAAUGCGGGUGGCGCCGGCCCGCCGCCAGGGUGGCAUUUACGAUGGCGCCGCCCCCGGCCCCGCUCCCCGCGCGGGAACCUAACGAGGUCGGGCCCCAGAGGGGGACAUCCGAGCCCGUGAGCUUCGCGGACGUGGCCGUGUACUUCUCCCAGGAGGAGUGGGGGUAUCUGCAGCCCGCGCAGAGGGCCCUGUACCGGGACGUGAUGCGGGAGACCUAUGGCCACCUGGGCGCGCUCGGCUUCCGAGGCACCAAGCCAGCCCUCAUCUCCUGGGUGGAGGAAGAGGCAGAACUGUGGGGUCCAGAUGCCGGGCCGCCUGAGAUGGGAGAGUGUCUUACAGAAGCAGACACAGCAGGUUCCAGAAACCAGGCAGAAAAAGGAGAGAGAGGAGGGAGGGAGGCACUGGGGAAGAUCCUUUCUGUGGACGCUCAGCUUCCCGAGCUGACGGCUCUCAAACCCCUCUCUGCUGGCUUUCCUUACGGUUGCCAGCAGCCACCGAAGGUGCCUCGCCGGGGUCGCCCGCCACUCUCUGCCCACCCCCCGGUCCCCAGAGCCGAUCGGCGGCAUGGCUGCUACGUGUGCGGGAAGAGUUUCGCCUGGCGCUCCACCCUGGUGGAGCAUCUCUACACCCACACGGGCGAGAAGCCCUUCGGCUGCCCGGACUGUGGCAAGGGCUUCAGCCAGGCGUCCUCUCUGAGCAAACACCGGGCCAUCCACCGUGGGGAACGGCCCCACCGCUGCCCGGACUGUGGCCGGGCCUUCACGCAGCGCUCGGCUCUCACCACCCACCUCCGGGUCCACACGGGCGAGAAGCCCUACCGCUGCGCCGACUGCGGCCGCUGCUUCAGCCAGAGCUCCGCCCUCUACCAGCACCAGCGGGUCCACAGCGGGGAGACCCCCUUCCCCUGCCCGGACUGUGGCCGCGCCUUCGCCCACGCCUCCGACCUCCGGCGCCACGUGCGCACCCACACCGGCGAGAAGCCCUACGCGUGCCCAGACUGCGGGCGCUGCUUCCGGCAGAGCUCGGAGAUGGCCGCCCACCGGCGCACCCACAGCGGCGAACGCCCCUACGCCUGUCCUCAGUGUGGCAGGUGCUUCGGCCAGAAGUCAGCCAUGGCCAAGCACCAGUGGGUCCAUCGUCCAGGGGCGGGGGUGCGCAGGGGCGGGGGUGCCGCUGGGCUGCCUGUGUCCUUGGCCUCUGCCCGAGGGGACCUGGACCCCCCCGUGGGCUUCCAGCAUUACCCAGAGAUAUUCCAGGAGUGUGGGUGAUGGCUUCAUGGGUGACAAGGCCAAGGGUGAAGAUGUAGACAUUGUUUGAGGCCCAAGAUGGCCUCAGGGGCCUCAAACUCAGGCAACUCCGGGGAGGUCACAAAAUUCCCAGAGGGCGCUGAACCUGGGGGUGGGGGGUGAGGACCACUUUAUCUUAGGCCUUCACCAGUUUCAUCUGCUGAGACCUUGUCCCCUAUGGUCCCAGACUCUAGAGCCCCCUUUGCUGAGUCAGGGCAGAGGUAAGAACCCCCACUAGACUUCCACUAUGGGGAAAGGCUGUUUCUCAGCUUAGGUAUAAGAGGAGAAUUUUGUUUUAUCCACUGACUUGACUGCCGAAGUUAAAAACUGAUGGCCAGGUACUGAAUCUGGUCUCCCAACAGCCUUUUACAAUACAUGUAUUUUUAGACCAGCCAGCAUUUUUAAGUGUUAUGAAUUAUUGGUUAAGAUGUAAAAAUCAGGCUAUUUCACACAAAAAACCAAGUUUCUGGCCUCUUGAAAAAAAUCCAAAGAUUUGGCGACUUGACCUGAGUUCCCACAAAGCCACAGUUGACAGGAGCUGAGAGGCCCCUUUGAAUGGAGCCCAGGCUCUUCAGUUCAGCCCACCUGCCAGCUCCUUAAGCACCUCCUGACCAGUGUCAGCUGCCACUUGUCAUGGCUGUCUCUGGCAAAGCAGGCCCUCUCCAUCUGGCAUUUUCUGCUCAUUUACAUGACCUGUUGGACUCCUGUAGUCAUUUUUUAAAAAUGUAUUUUUAAUACAUAAAAAUAUGUAUUUAUUUUA